GGCACUGACUGGCAUCACUGCUGGGCACUGACUGGCGGCACUGACUGGCACAACCCCUGGGCACUGACUGGUGGCACUGACUGGCAGCACUGCUGGGCUGCACUGGUGGGUGGCACUGGUGGGCAGCACUGGUGGGUGGGCACAGGUGGGUGGCACUGGUGGGCACAGGUGGGUGGGCACAGGUAGGUGGCACUUGUGGGCACAGGUAGGUGGCACAGGUGGCACUGCAGAGUGACACAGGUGGGUGCACUGCUGGGCACAGGUGGGUGCAUGCUGGGCACAGGUGGGUGAUCUGCUGGGCACAGGUGG